GGGAAUACAACAGGAAACAGUACUGUCACCACCACCACAGACCCAUCAGCAUCGUCGUCGCUGUCGGCACCGGAACAAUCAUCACUGUAGCUUUGGCUUUUGUGCUUUUGUUCUGCUGUCGUGAGUACUCGGAAUGGCUGAGCAGUACUCAUGCACGACAGGUUUGCGAAGCACGAAGGCAGGGAGGACUAGGAUGGAUUCAACUCCAGAUGGCAACGAGUUGGUCUCAGCCCGCCCCACCCACAGGAGGCGGAGAGCUCAGGGAGUGAGUACUGCUCACCAUCGACUGCCGCCGUGGUGUCGAUGCAUCGGUAUCCUGAAAGCUUCCUUACACAACAACAACAGAUGGACCCUGAUGCUGAGUCUACAACGACCACAUCUACGGAAAUCUCAGCAGCCCUGUCCUGCAGAUCGGUGGACUUGGGGUCAGCGAUUGUCACGUGCCGUGCGGCGAUUUCUACCUCUGACCGCCACUGACCCCAGGGAAGUUUCUUCACACAUAUCUGAGCUUGAUGAGUGGGACAUCUACAGUGAUUCUUCCGUGGACGCUGUGUACGCCAACUGCACAGACCUCAUCCAGUCCAGUAACAUCAAGUGAGGUGGACCGUGACAAGAACCGACAUCACUUCAGCCGUUCACAGAUUACUUACAAAAGAAUCAUAUUGAAAUAAAGUUCACACACACAAUUUUUCAGGGAACAAUUGCCUCAAAGUCUUCACAUCAGUCGCAGACCAUUAAGUUCGUUGUCGGCCUGAAUCACAGACUGUUUAUUGUGUGAGGAUGUUCCUGUUGCACCUCCCUUUCCAUGAGUAGACAAGGACGGUCUUGUUUUCGUUAACAUCAUGUUUUCUUUUAUUUUCAAUUUUAGAUUAUGAUUUUGCAUUGAAAGUGCGGUAGUCCUCCGAUGGCCCUUCCUGCCAUUGUUAUACUUUAACAAGUCCAACGUGCUUGAAAUACCUAUAACCCCUAUAGGCUACAGUAAGCAGUUAUAUACAUAGAGGAACAUCUACCUGCUCUGGCCCAUGUAACAACCGAACUGUUGGUCAUGUGACCCGUCAUUAGGUUCGCUAGUCUUCAGGCUUUAACCUACAUUAAGUAGUCGCUACUCUUGUUAUUUCAAGCGUGG